CAUAUGGAACAGCUGAUUAUAGAAAGUGAUGAAAAGGAAAAUCCGCAUCAAUUAGAAGGUUACUGCUGACAAGCAUGUAAAAAAAGAAUAAAAUAAAAAUCGCGUCAUUGUCUGAACGACAGUUAACGUAACGAUUUAAAUACCGCAAGGAAAUACCGAACGGAAAUUGCACUUUUAAAUGUAACAGAUGUUUGUUGUGAGAGAUGUCACAAAUUGAUAUCCAGUAUUUGUUUAACAAGAGCAGGUUUCCUAGCGGUUGGCGACUUCUACUUGUAAUAUUGUAUUCACCAGUGGGUGUUCUACUUGUGUCACUGCGAUUACUCGUAACAUUACAACUUUGGCUUAUCGCAUCGCUAUUACCAGAUUGUAAUCCUCUUCAAACAUUCUUAAAUUACGGUAUUAGUUUUGCUUUUGGAAUCAUAGUUAAAGUUGAUACUGAAAGUGAACUCAGAGAUAAGCAAUCAAGAAUAAUAAUUGCUAAUAAUGUGUCUGUUCUGGAUCAUUUUGCUAUACAUCGAACAACGGAGACACUAAUUCCUAGUGUUUGGGAAUUACCCGCUGCUCUGAGUAAAGCACUGGGAUUACAAAAAAUGGAUAUGAGCAGUAAAGAAAUACUGAUUGCCAACAUAAAGCAAUUUCUUUCCACCUCUAUGUAUAGCAUCGCUAUACAACCUGAAUUUGGCACAACUAAUAGCAAAGUCGCUCUAUUGAAAUUUAAUUCUUGGCCGUUUAGCAUAGAAACGUCUGUUCAGCCGGUCGCCAUCAAAGCGUCAAGACCAGAGUUCGUACCUGUGCACAUUACCUCAUUGGCUUCAACAUGGUGGACGGAAGUAUUUUGGUUUAUGUUCGUCCCUUAUACAGUUUUCACACUCAAGUACCUGAAAAUUAGACAAAACUCUGAUCAUGAGACUCUUGUGCGGGAGGUAGAAAGGGAUAUUGCAGCUGCUUUAGGACUUAAAACAAGUUCUCAUACUGUAUCAGACAAAACAGAGUAUGAAAAACGUUAUCGCAUGGAAAUGAUACUUAAUAAUACUCGUUCUAACAGAAGUACGCCAAAUUCACAAGUUAUACAUAGCAUAGAAAUACAAAGAAUGGUUCGUCAAGUCAGCGAAGUACUUCCAUUGGUCCCCCAUAAUGUGAUUCUCCGAGAUCUUUUGAAAACUCGGAACGUUGAUGUUACAAUUGCCAAUAUUCUUGAUGGCAUAGUUACUUAUACUCCAGAAUCAAAUCCACAAACACCAUUGUCUAUAACAUCUAGUGGAUCUCCAAAUUCUGCAAAGGACAAAAUAUUGGGUACUUCUUCCUUCCAAGAAAAGAAAGCUAAAAUGAUACAAGAAGCCAGAGAAAGGUAUAUUAAAAAACACGGGCUGACAAAUUGCUGACAUUCUUAUUGUUUUAUUCUGGUUAUAACACUGUCAAUGACAACAUGUAUGUAACUUGUUUUAUUGCAUAUGUAUUAUAUUUACUAUUACAUUAUGUGAAUAUAUCUUUAUUUCUAAAAUAUGAUUAUAUAAUUAUACAAAUACCUAUCCAGUACAAUCAUAAAUGCCAACAAAAUUAUUGUUUUAUAUAAUUAUCAGUGUUAUCAUAUGAUCAUAAAAUAACAGACUACAUAUGAAAAAACAACAAUAAGGAAGAUUAAGAAACUUAUAUCAGAUUAUCAAUUUAUAGUAGAUAAACACAGGAUAUGUACAGGUACAUAAUUCAUUUUUCUUUUUAUAUCAAAAGCUAAAAUAAGAUAUAUGUUUUUUUUAUUAUUAUAAUAGAAAUAUUACUACUAUUCAACGGAAAUUAAGAACAUUCUAAAAAGAAUUAAACAAUAUAGAUAUAAUAAAAACUCUUCCUUUUUUUAUAAAAUUUUAAAUGAAUUUCAAUGUAUUAAUUUUGUAAUAAUUAAGCUGUAAAAAUGACAAUUGAAAAAUAUUUUAAAAAAGCAAUAUAGAGAGAGAGAGAGAGAGAGUGAAAAAAAUAAGAUGUGUGUAACAAAUUAUGUUAUUGUUUUCAUAUACUCUAAACUCUUCUAAGUUUUCUACUUGUUUAGUAACAACAUGAGUUAAACGUAUUAUAUAACUUUUGUAGAAAAAGUAUGUAUAUGCAGAAAAAAUGUAUCUUAAAUAUUUCUUA